CUUUCAAAAAGCUUUAGGGAAUCGAACCAAGGAAAGUAGGAAACCAUGAAGCUCCUGCAAGCUACUGUCUCCCUGGUCUUCCUCCUCGCCUGUUCCACGUCCAACGCUUCUGUCUUACAUGACGCCUGCCAGUCCUUCGCCGCUAUCCGACACAAGGAUGCCGACUACAACUACUGCGUCAGGUUCUUCCAGGCCGACAAGGAGAGCGCCACCGCAGACCACCGUGGCCUCGCCGUCAUCGGAGCCAAGCUCAUCGAGGCAACCGCUAAGAGCACCGGCUCUCUCAUCGCCACCAUGCUGACCUCGGAGAAGGAUAAGGAGAAACUCGGUUGCCUCGUCGCGUGCGGCAAGGGUUACUUGGACGCCAUGGACGAGAUCGGCAAGGCGGCGAAGGGCAUCGUCUCGAGAAAGGAUGGGGGCGUAGAGGACGCGGUGACGGCACUCGGCGGGGCGCUGGACGCGCCCUUGGACUGCGAGGAUGGGUUCCAGAAGCUUCACAAGCCGUCGCCACUCGCUGCGGAGGAUGCCAGGUUCCGCAAGGAGGCGUCCAUCACCCUGUUUGUAACGGGGACGUUACUUCCCCAAAUCAACAGCUCUAAGUUAGGGAUCUAGAGUCUUUUGGAAGAUCAAUAAAAUUAAUUACUAGUAUAUGAGAUUUUGUAAGGUUGGAAACUGGUAUCAAUCAAUAAACUCGC